AUGAACAAGGCCUUGAGUCAAAUUUCCAAGUCACCCUUUACGAAAAACAUAGACGACGCCAUUCAUCCUCGGCGAUUCCAUCAGCCUACGUUCUCUCUGUAUGAUGGCCAUUCAGACCCAGUGGAACAUGUAAGCUAUUACAGCCAGAAGAUGGCUAUCUACUCCAGAGACGAGGCUUUGAUGUGCAAAGUUUUUCCAUCGAGUUUGGGUCCGAUGGCGAUGAGGUGGUUCAAUGGCUUAAGGGCCAAUUCUGUGGGAUCUUUCAAAACACUGACUCGGGCUUUUGGUGCUCGCUUUAUCACUUGCAGCAGGACUCCUCGGCCUUUGGGAUCUUUGCUAGCUUUGUCUAUGCGAGAGGGCGAGACUCUCAAGAAUUACUCGGACAGGUACUGGGAAAUGUUUAAUGAAAUAGAUGGAAAGAACGAUGGUGUGGCUAUAACCACUUUCAAAGCUGGCCUCCCAGCUGAUCACGAUUUGAGGAAAUCCCUGACGGGUAAACCUGUUACCAGUGUGCACCAACUGAUGGACAGGAUAGAUAAGUACAGAAGAGUAGAGGAGGAUCAACUUCAAGGAAGAGGGAAGGCCAAGGUGAUCCCUCAGGAGAGGAGAGACUUCAGGUCGGACCGUUAUAAUAACAGCCGAUCCCGGAAGGAUUUUGUUGGCAGUCGGGUUCGGCGGACGCCCAGGUGGUUAAUGCAAUAUUUCGAGAGCCAGUACAACAAGUUUUGGAGAAGAUAA